GCGGUUAAGUGACCCGACACCCGGGUGCAGUCACUAAAAAUCGAAUGCAAAAGCCAACGGCAGAGUAAGUUAAAUAUUAGCGAGCCAAAAGCUUGCUCUUUCCAAGGUGCCUUAUCCCAAACAAAGGGAGGACAGCCGGUGAAAUAAGUGCAUCUUCAUCCUGUGAUGAUGAGCUCAAGAGAGUCUGAGUAUGGCCACAGGCGGCCAUAUGGAGACAGAAGCACAAGGCAAUGGGAUGACUGCAGUGACGGCUGGAAAGAAAGACGAGGACAUCACAGUGACAUGCCGUGGGAUUCCUAUCAUAAAUAUGGUAGAGACCCACACACAAGAAAUAGGGAGUACAGUGAGUCUCCAAAGAGGAUGUACAGUAAAGACUCACUGAACAGGGACUGGAGCAGAAAGAGCUCGGGGAGGAGACACAGUCCUUCCAGCAUCACCCCUGAGAAGGACAUCGGCUGGAAAAGGGAAUACGCAAAAUGGGAAGAGAAUGAGGAAUUUUCGCGGAGAAAGAGAGAGCCGUAUUCAGCAGAGUCGACCACUUCUCCAGAGUGGGGUGUUUCUGAAAAGAAACGGCAGAGGUUUACAGGUGAUGUUGAGGAUGAUUACAAAUACAGGCAAAAACCUGAGGAUAUAACAUGCAGGCAGUCACCAAACAGCUUUACAAAUCCACAACUACCUAAGGACUUUAAACAUCGGCCGCCACCACAAGAGGAUUUCAAAUACAGAACGCCUAAAGAGUCAAAACACAGGCAUCAGCAUGAAGAAUUCACCUACAGGCAGCGACCUGAAGAUUAUGCAUACAGCUGUCCAUCUGGGUAUUUCAACAAUGGACAAUUUGAAGAAAGAAACAACGACCCUCCGCGAGAGAGGACACAAUCGCAAGAAUAUCCCACAAAGAGUCACACCAAAUGCAGAGACAGGAAUGACAGCCCCUGCCCAGAUUAUGAGGAUCAUCGUCAAACCAGAACAAGGUUUCCAGUGAAGGAAUCUAGUGGACAGGUGUUUAAGGCUGAACACGGUGCCACCAAACACAGCCCUGCUCUACCGGGGCAAAGUGCUGAACAGAAGACAGCAGGCAAAGGCUUCCAGCGCUUCCUAGAUGUGCUCAACAAGGGGGUGGACGUUGCCAUUCUCACCAAGAUAGUCGGUCAGUCUUCCACACCAUCUGAUGAUUGGCUGUCUUUGACUUCCCAGCAGAACACCGCGGAUGAUCCAUCUGAUGAGAAGUCUCUGUACAGAGAUAAUGUACAAGGCAGCCAUCUCAGCUCUGACAGCAGAUCCAUCUCUCCUUCAGUGGUGGAAAAGACCGUUUUGAAACCUGAAGAUGAGCACAAGCACAAGCAGAUUCAGGACGUCUUGCAGGCUAUUGGUGUGGAUUUGGGAUUUGAGGAGCUGGGGCAAAUGUCAGAUCGGAUUCAGGAGCGGUUAUAUGGAAAGAAGGACAGUGACAAGUGCCGCAGGCAUAACGAGAGAAGAGAAAGUGAGAACAAGCGAGGACGUUACAGUAGAUCCUCAUCAUCUGGCAGAUCUAGUUUUGGCCCUUUAACUGGGCAGUUGUCCCUGAAAAAUGACUCGAGUGAAGUGUCCAGGGAUGUAACAGAUGUACCCCAAACUGUUGAACAUGCCCGUACUAAUGACAAGAGCAGCAGUAGCUCUUUACAGGACGCUGACAUGUGUGGAAAUGAGUCCCAUGAAAGCACUGUCACAUUUAACCUGUUCUCUCCUAGUCAUGCUUACACUGUACCUGAACUCCCUCCACCGACAGCUGCCAUGCCUCCGUACCCUGCAGCUCACUGCACACCAUACUCAUACCCAGCAGCGCCCCCUGCUGUGCCUCCUAACUGGGGGAUCCCUGCUGCACCCACACCUUUCUUGCCUCAUCCUCUCCCCCCUGCAUACCCCCAUUACCCCAGUGUCCAAGCUUUGAACACCUUUCCAUCAGCCUCUGCCCAGAGUAACACACUCCUAGUUCCUAAUCGUCAGCUCACAUAUUUGAAAGUGCAAGAUUCAAAUCCAGUUCAGCCUCUCAGCAGUGCUCAGAAAUCAAAGACAUCAUCAAGGCCCCGCUAUCUGCAGGUCAUUGACACUAAACAAAGCGGACAAAUGAAGACAGUUGCUCAGAGUGAAACAAAACCGUUGAUAGAAAUAUUGAAGAGUUGAAGAAAUAUUCUUUGUCUGUGGACAGUGUUCAAGUGAGAGAAAAGGGUGAGGAAAGUUUAGGAAAAGAGUUAAUCAGAUUUUUACUAUUGGAACAAGAGUGAACUUCUGAACUCCAGGAGCUGUAAAAGGCCCAGUGUUGCAUUGCAGAAAACUUUGUGGCUCACAAAGAUGUGGAAGCGCCACAGUUCACGGUAGCCUUUGCUUCUGAGCAUACUGUGUUUCUGUAUCUAUCACACCAUGAUGUACUUCAGAGAAAGACUGGAAAAAUGCAAAAAUAGUAAAAGGUCUGUGGUAAUUAUCAAUAGUAAAUCUUGGUUAAUAAAGUCAACUACUUUUUUUGGUUUUUCUUUUUUGAAAAAAAAAAAAAAAAUCAGCUCUCUAGAGUGUAUUAGUUAUUUUUUAUGAAGUAGGCUUUUAUCCACCAACACAACAGAUGGGCAGCAGCUCCUCCAGGCGUUGUGGUUGACACUACAAGGACAAGCUGCACUCUGCGCUGAGUGUCGACAAGUUGAAACGCUUGCAUGUGCACAUGCACACAACUGUUUUGGCAAUAUUUGUAUAUUAUUAAACAUAAUGAUGCCAAGUUGUGAAGCGAUUGAUUGAUUUAUUACAGUUUGAAAUUGGGGAGUUUCUUAGGAUACCUGUGUGUAAGUGCUGCAGUACACAGUCUGCUGCAGAAGCUCACCAGUGUCAGAUCCAUUAAUCAUUGUACAGAAAAUUAAGUCCUUGUAAUCUGUAAUUGAAUCAUCAUUUUAGUUAUUUAUCAAGUAUAAAAACACUUGUGUCUACUGCUUUGCAAGUGCUAAGACUCACUUUUGAUCUGUUGUGUAUAAAAGGCAUGUUCUUUUUGUUCUCUGCUGCUCAGCAAAAUAGAUAAGUCGUUUUAAAAUAUCA